AUGAAUGACUUACUUCAGGAGUUACCAUUGUUAAGGGUCCUAAGUUUGAGUCAUCUUAGCAUAACCGAGGUACCAGAAGUCGUUAGUGGUAUGAAGCACUUGCGGUAUCUUAAUCUAUCUCGAACUUGGAUCACACAUUUACCAGAAAAUGUCUGCAAUCUUUAUAAUUUACAGACUCUGAUUGUUUCUGGCUGUAACUAUUUAGUUAAGUUGCCUGAUAGUUUCUCAAAGCUUAAAAAUUUGCAACAUUUUGACACGACGGAUACUCCGCUUUUGAAGAAGAUGCCUUUAAGGAUUGGUGAGUUGAAAAGCCUACAAACUCUCUCCAAGAUCAUCAUUGGAGGGGACACCAGCUUUUCAAUAAGCCAUCUUAAGAACUUGAAAAAUCUCCAUGGGGAAAUUUCUAUUUGGGGGCUGGGCAAUGUGCAAAAUGCAAUGGAUGCACGUGAGGCAAACUUAUGCCAAAAGAGGUUUACCGACAUAGAGUUGAUUUGGGGUGAAAAGUCUAAUGUUCUUCGAACCGAAACACACGAAAAGGAGGUCCUCAAUGAGCUGAAGCCUCAUAAUGAUACUUUGAAAAAGCUUGAAAUUGUGUCAUAUAGGGGUAUAGAGUUUCCAAAUUGGGUCGGGGAUCCUUCCUUUUGCCGGUUGACUAAAGUGUCGAUAGAUGGCUGUGAAGAAUGUACAUCUCUACCAAGACUUGGUCAACUACCAUCACUGAAAGAUUUGUUUAUUGGUAGGAUGAGUAAGGUGAAGGUUGUAGGUUUAGAUCUACUUGGGAUCGGCCUUGCAUUUCCUUCACUUGAAAUGCUACCUUUUUAUGGUAUGUCAGGGUGGGAGGAAUGGUCAACAAAUAGUGGGACGUUUCCUUGCCUUCAAGAGCUUCGUAUUGAAGAUUGUCCUAAUCUGCUUCGGGUCUCGCUUAAAGCACUACCUUCCCUAAGGGUUCUGAAACUAAGAAAAUGUGGUUAUGAUGUAUUGAAAAGACUGGUCGGCGUAACUUCAUCACUCACCAGGUUGGAAAUAGAUGAUAUUUCGGGGCUUACUGAUGAACUGUGGAAAGGUGUGAUAGGGUAUCUUGGGGCAGUUGAAGAAGUAAGAAUGGAACAUUGUAAUGAAAUAAGAUACUUGUGGGAAUCAGAAGAAAAGGCAAGGGAGAAAGAGGAGGAUAAUAGUGGGAGCAGCCUAACAUCUUUUAGGAGGUUGAAAGUAUGGGGAUGUAACAGCCUGGCGCAUUGCAGUUGUCCAGAUAACAUGGAGGAUUUGGAUAUUGAAGAUUGUGAUUCAGUUACAUCUGUCACCUUCCCAAAAGGAGGAGGGCAGAAGCUCAAGUCACUUUCCAUUAGUAAUUGUAACAAACUAUUAGAAAAAGAGAUGGGAGGAGUAGAGAAGAUUCGGAUGCUUAUCAACUCAAACAUGCUGAUGCUUGAAUCUUUGUAUAUCUUCAAUUGGCCAAAUCUAAAAUCGAUCACUCCCUUGGGCCACUUCAUUAGCCUCGUGAGUUUGACAAUAAUAGAGUGUCCAAGUAUGGAUUCAUUUCUUGGCCAUGAGUUGCCGAAUCUCACCUCGUUAACACACCUGGUAAUAGUAAAGUGUAUAAGUAUAGGUAUGGAUACUUCCUUUCCUAGUGGGCUUUGGCCUCCCAAAUUGUGUUUUCUAGGAAUAGGAGGGUUGAAGAAGCCCAUCUCAGAGUGGGGCCCACAAAAUUUUCCAACCUCACUUGUUGAGCUAGUAUUAUAUGCCGGACCAUAUGAUGACAUGAGAGGUUUCGGUGAAUUGUCGCAUCUUCUUCAUUCAUCCCUUACUAAUUUUGGCAUAGAUGGAUUUGAGAAACUUGAAUCAGUUUCAGUGGCACUCCAGCACCUCACCUCCCUCCAGCAUCUCUCCAUUUACAACUGCCCAAAGACGAUAGAUCUACCAGAAACGUUGUUGCCUUCACUUUUGAGAUUGACAAUAGUAGGAUGCCCAAAUUUGAAAGAAAGGACUAGCAAAGGAGGCUCCUAUUGGCCACUGAUCUCCCUUAUCCCCGACCUCGACAUAGAUGACUAA